GUCUGUAUCAGAGAGGAGGCGGGACUUCCCUCCCGGAAGUGACCCCACGUGCUUCCGCUUUGCCCUACCUGGGUCCUGCGUAAGUUUCUAGCGUUUGCCUGAAGUUGGGGACACCGGGGGCAUUGUGACCGGCUUCGGGCCGUGGACCAGGAGGCCAGAAGGAGAUAUCCACCGUGCGGAGCUGAGAUGGAUCCGCUCAGGGCCCAGCAGCUGGCAGCGGAGUUGGAGGUAGAGAUGAUGGCUGAUAUGUACAAUAGAAUGACCAGUGCCUGCCACCGGAAGUGUGUGCCUCCCCACUACAAGGAAGCAGAACUGUCCAAGGGCGAGUCUGUGUGCCUGGAUCGGUGUGUUUCCAAGUACCUGGACAUCCAUGAGCGGAUGGGCAAAAAGUUGACAGAGUUGUCUAUGCAGGAUGAAGAGCUGAUGAAGAGGGUGCAGCAGAGUUCUGGGCCCGUGUGAAGCCCCAGGCAGGUGCACCCGGCCCCUUCCCACUUGCUCCCAUUGGGUGUCAUCUGUGAGACUGCCAGGCCUAGGCUCUCUCUGGAGUCUCCAGGAGCCCAGACUAUGGUAGUGCUAUCUCCUGGUUGAAGAAGGGGUAUUUGUCACACUGGAAUGUGACUGCGUACAUGUGCAUGUGUGUGUGUAUAUAUAUAUUAAAACAAGUUUGUCAACACCUA